UGCAAUUUUGUAAAUAAUCAAGGAUCAAAAGGGGUAUUUCGGAGACUGCGCUAUAAUCGACGAAUUUGAGCUACGUCGCACGUGUGUGAAUGUGAAGCCUUCCCCGUACCAUGGCCUCGCUCGUGGAUGAGACUACGUAGAAGAAGAGAUUUGUUAAAAUCACAUAGUCAAGAGCAUGCAUAUAAUCGAAAGGAAUGAAUCAUAUGUAAGACUUAAGACAAAAUCGGUGGGAUUCACAGAAUACCACAUCAUAUGUGGAAACUGGAAUUGCUGACCAACUCAUAUUUCAAUCUCGUUUGAUCAGCAAUAUAAAUUAAACUGACCUUACAUCAUCGUUGAAAAACAAUAUUUUUAUAUUUGUAUGUUCAACCUUUUUUUAGGAUGUAUUAAAUUUCAAAAUACAAUUACACGUAAUUAAGCAAUUUUUUUAACACCUUGAGGAAUCUCUUAUCUGGUCACUAAACUAGAUUAACUAUUAUUUAUCCAUUGACAACAUCAUUCCUACAAAAAUAACAAUAUCCAUUAGAGACCCACUACUACAGCUUGGGGGGGGGGGGGGGGGGGGGGGGGGAAAGGUGUGAUAGUUAGAUAUUUCCUAUAAAUGAAACAAUCAAACAAAAAUCACAAAUUCGUGAUAUUUAUCUAACGGGAUUAUAAGUCUUGUCGUUUUAUCAUUCUAUUACACGGUAAACGCAAGCCCAGCCCAUCGUUUUAGACUUUUGGUGUCGGCACCCUCCAAUCCAGAGGCCAGGUGGGCAGUGGGUCCCACGAGACGAGAUACUCAAGAAAAGGAAAGAAGAAUCAAGAAUGGGGUUAAUUAUUCAAAUAGUACUAAACUUUGGAAGCAUUAACAAGCUAGUCACUAUUUUGCUUAAAUAGAUUUGUCCCUCCAUUUAGGGUAACUAACAUAACAAUAUGUGAUGUCUUUAUCCUUUAUCGUAUUUCCAUCCAAAUCAUCCCACUAACGCACUCAAAUUAAUAAUAAAAAAGGACACAUGGAUCUUAAUUAUGCUUAGAGGAGAACAUGCAACGUUUUUGUGCAAUUCUCUAGUCGAAGAGAGAGAGAGAGAGAGAGAGAGAGAGGGGAUGAAAAGAGGAAAGCUCAAGGUCCGCUUCCAACGAGGAAAUCGUUCGUCUUGAUCAGCCACACGACAAAAUAUAACAAAACGGAGAAGGUCAUCAGUAGUUAUGUUCAAAAUCGACUCCAAUACAAGAAUAUUGGGGAUAGGAGGUUUCGAGAUGAGAGGAGUACUAGAAACACUAAAUAAAGAAGCAAUAGCUUUCCUAUGAAAAAAAAAAAGAAGUUAUAUCCCCCGAUGCAAGUAGAAGAUUAAUCGAUUAUUAUGACGGUGAAGGAAGCUAAACUAGAUGACAAUCCGUCUUUUGGUGAUUGAAUAUGAAUGCCGGAAUGUUCAAGGUUGGAGAAGUUGGAGGUGGGCAUAUCCAAGAUUGCGGUUCCAUAUAUGUAGUUGCUGAGAACGAUGUAGUUUCUGAUAGGAGGGUGGCCUGGACCCGAGAGUCUUAUUUUGUUCGGAUUUAGUCCAUUGACUCCAUUUCUGAUUUUUUGUUUCCCUUCUUGAAACCCGACGAGAAGUCAUCUUCUCAAAAGUAUGAUUCGUUAUAUAAGCUCAAAGCGUUUAAAUUGUAGGAAGAAAGAAUCUCUAACGACAUUUUAUUUAGAAUCAAAAUGGGGUGACCAAUUUGUUAGUGAAUCCAAACCUUAAUGACCAUUCCUGUAAUUGACCCCGUAGAAUCAUGAGGCAAAAUGGAAUCCCCCGAGUCCACUUCCUUCUCUAACUCGCUCAGCCCCGCUCCCUUCCUUAACUCGACUCACUCGCACCGUUUUCAAUUCUCUUCAUCUCUUCACCCAUACCAUUACCAGCUCACACCAACCCAACAAAGAAAACCGCAAUCACAAUCCCUCCCUCCCGAAAUCUCCGAUCGCAAUCUUCUCGCAGGGAAAAGGGGAGCUGAAAUCGGAAUCGCAAGAGAAAGAAACGUUUCUUCCUUCCUUCUUCUUCUCCUCCUUCAAAUGCCGCCGUCACCGCAGCCGCCGUCGCCGCCGCUGCUGGCGUUCAGGCUGAUCUGCCUGCUUCACUCCGCAAUCGCGAUCACGAGCGGGACCCUGAUGGUGUUCAGCAUGAGGGAGAUUUACACCUUCACCCACGGGGCCGAGACGGCGGCGAAGCUGAUGGGGUCGACGCCGGAGGACCAGAUCUUGAUCCGGACCUCCGAUUCUUUCUCGGGCCUGCUCCUGUUCGCGAUCGGGUUCAUCCUGUUCAUGGUUUCGUUCGUCAGGGACCGGGAUUUCCAGACCUUUUUCGCGAAAGGUUGCACGGUGCUCCACGUUUUCAUGGCGAUGUGGAGGGUUUACUUCGGGACGAGGGUGGAGGCUCUGGCCUGGGACGGGCUCCGGCAGACAGUUGGCGAUUUCUUGCUGGCUCUGUCCUGGGUUUUCUUUCUCGUUUAUUCGUGGAGAGAAAAGUAUGAUUAGUUCUUUCUUUUUCUUCGUUUUCUUUUUUUUUCUUUUGUUUAUGGGUUGUUUAUUAUUAUUGUUGUUGUUGUGAUCUAUCUAUAGAGAGCAAGCUGUCUUUGUUCCCUCGCUUUUCUUGGAAAAUGGUAAUGACCUAUAAAAAAGGGAAAAAUUUCUUAUUAUAGUGUUUGUGAAGAUAAGAUCUUAUCGAUUACCAUAUCGGCUUAAGAUAUAAUAAUAAUGUGGAAAAUAUAAAUCGAUCGUUCACGAUUCAUUUAGUUAGUAUAGAAUUUGGUUUACGAUGCCAAAUCAUAAUCUAACAGGUAAGACAUGAUCCGACUUUUUGAAAUAUGUAAGACUACGUGUUUCGCACUUGAGUCUGACUAGUCUUCAAUUUGAAUUUUUGUACCCUUUUCCUUGACGUGAUACGUAUCUCACUAGUCAUUACAUAUCUCGUCAUUAAAGUGUAAAAUGACUC